AUGCCUAGCGACUUCUUUUUCGAUAGCCCGGUCCCGCCAAAGCUGGACUUGACGGCCUCGGCAGCAUCAUCGCUGUGUCGCACCAUCUCGACACCGCUAACGAGCAGUCGCAAGCGUGCUCGAUAUGGAUACGGCGGACUAGAUGGCAAGACGAGCGGGUUUGAUGACCAGAUUCUCUGGGACCACCCCCCGUCCAUCUCGAGGAUCUCGAGCCCUGUUCCUCUGGCCAACACGGAAUAUCUCCUGGCAGAAGGGGGUCUUGAUACAGGGUUGCUGACGACGGCAAAGGCAUCGAUACUCGGGUUCUCCUCCCAGCGAGAUGGCGAGAACGAGGAGUCGGAGUUGGAUUACCGUCCCACCAGGUAUCGAGAGCCUAGCCGGACGGUGGCGGCUCGGAUGGAGGUCGAUGGGGGCUAUACACCACCUACGCCCUCAUCUAUCGAAGGAACGAAAAGGAAACGGGAGCCUCAGACGGUACAGGAUGAUAACACAACCGUGAAAAGUACCCCAGGCUGGGGUGAGGCGGUUCUCAAUCUUGUCGGAGGAGUUGCUGGGAAGGUAUGGAAUUUCUGCUGGUCAGCUCCGUUCCGAGGGUUCCACGCCGGCGGAGGCAGGGGAUAUGAUAUGGAUGCUUCCACGACGACAGUGCAACCAAGUCAGACAUGGGAUACGCCCUCACCGCCACAGAAGAGGCGCCCAAGCCAUCAGAUGGACGAAACACCCAUCCCUGGGCGUUAUCCGGUAGACGACAGCUACUGCAUCGAUAAGCCACAUCGAGACGAUAUACACAACAACUGGGUCCUAGUCAAGGAAAACAAAGGCUCCCAGGAGAGUACCCCUUCCCCUGGGCCAAGGAAGAUACCUCGUCGAAACAGUGUCGUCCACCAUGUUCCUGCCCGCCGUUCGGCUGCUAGGGUACAGCCUAAGCGGCCCGUUACCCCCCUCACGCCUACUCGCUCCCCGAACUUCUCUCCGCAACUCUCUUCUCCAUCCAUCUACAAAACGCCACCCAAGCAUAGCACUGUGUCCAAUCCCAAUGAAAGCCCAUUAUCGAUAGAGACUCAAAGACAUGCAGCCAAGCUGAGGCGUAAGGAACGUCAGGAGGAUGCCAGCAUCCGAAGACUGAAUCAGCAGCUGAAAGCCAUGAUCAGGGAGGGCAGAGAAGCUCUGGGAACUAGAAUAGAGGUGGAUGAAAUGGACCUGGAUGAAUGGGAUUAA